AUAAUUCCAUUGGGCACCCUCUAUUUCUUACUCGCCAAUUAUUAUUUUUGCCAACCUUGAACAACAUUAACAAGAAACUCUCUUUCCCUAAGAAAACCCACCACCGUCUCUCCGCCGGAAAACCCCAUUUCCGGUGGCGGGAACAUAAAUUAAACCUUUUUAUCCAUCUGGGUAUUUCUUGUUCAUAUGAUCUUUCUUUUCUUGUUUAUGAAUAUUUAAAACUAAUUAGUUGCUGGUUAUAUCUGUUUCUUGGUUGUUUUCUGUAUUAUUUUCAUAUUAAAAUGGUGAUGGAAGUUGCAUCUCCCAAGAAAGCUUCGAUAACAGAGGUAUUACAGAAAGUGUACGGCAAUUUUGGGUCAAAUAGUGGCAACUUUAAUAAUAACAACAAUAAUAAUAAUAAUGUAAAGAAAUAUUAUAUUCAUGAAAGUGAAGAUGAUUUUGAAGACGAAGAUGGGACUAUGGAGCUUGUUCAAAUUGGUGCAGAAAGAACCAAAAAUGUGUUGAUUCUUAUGAGUGAUACAGGUGGCGGUCAUCGUGCUUCUGCUGAGGCCAUUAAAGAUGCUUUCAAGCUCGAGUAUGGUGAUGAAUACAGGAUAAUUGUGAAGGAUGUGUGGAAAGAGUACACAGGAUGGCCAUUGAAUGACAUGGAGAGGCAAUACAAAUUCAUGGUGAAACAUGUUCAGCUAUGGAAGGUGGCAUUUCAUAGUACCUCUCCGAAAUGGAUACAUAGCUGGUAUCUUGCUGCAAUUGCUGCUUACUAUGCCAAAGAGGUGGAGGCCGGUUUAAUGGAGUACAAGCCGGAUAUUAUCAUCAGCGUUCAUCCGAUGAUGCAGCAUAUUCCUUUAUGGGUUCUUAAAUGGCAAGGUUUACAAAAGAAAGUGGUUUUUGUUACUGUCAUUACGGAUCUCAAUACAUGUCAUCCUACAUGGUUUCAUCCCGGAGUUAAUAGAUGUUACUGCCCUUCGAAUGAGGUAGCCAAGAGGGCAUUAGUAGAUGGUCUCGAUGAGUCUCAAAUCCGUGUUUUUGGCUUGCCUAUUCGGCCUUCUUUCGCUCAUGCAGUUCAUUCUAAGGAUGAAUUAAGAGAGGAGCUUGAGAUGGAUCCUGAUUUGCCUGCAGUUUUGCUGAUGGGUGGUGGUGAAGGUAUGGGUCCUGUUAAGAAAACUGCAGAGGCUUUAGGACAAUCACUUUUCGAUAAGGAACUUGAUAAACCAAUCGGACAAUUGAUUAUAAUAUGUGGGCGUAAUAAGGUUCUUAAAUCUUCUCUAGAAUCUAUGGAGUGGAAGAUACCUGUUAAGAUCAGAGCAUUCGAAACACAGAUGGAGAAAUGGAUGGGAGCUUGUGACUGCAUAAUCACCAAAGCUGGACCUGGUACAAUUGCAGAGGCAUUGAUCAAAGGCCUACCAAUUAUACUCAAUGACUACAUUCCUGGACAGGAAAAGGGCAAUGUGCCUUAUGUGGUAGACAACGGAGCUGGUGUGUUCAUCAGAAGUCCUAAAGAAACAGCAAGAGUCGUAAAAGAAUGGUUUACGACGAAAAAAAACGAAUUUGAGACAAUGUCAGCGAAUUCACGUAAGCUAGCACAACCGGAAGCAGUAUUCGACAUUGUAAGAGACAUGCAUCAGCUUGCUCAAGAACGAGGUCCGCUAGCCAAAAUACCUUACAUACUGACAUCAUCAUUUACAGGACUAAUAUGAUUGAUUUAAUAAUUAUACAAAUAUUAACAUUAACAGCAAGGUUUGAUCUACUACUGCAUAACAGCAUGCGAUGUACAGCUAGCUCUAUAAUUGAAUUAUAUUAUCAUUCUUUGAGCACCAAAAACAAGGUGUAAGCAUGCUAUGAUUGAUGAUGAACACUGAACACCAAAAAAUGAGGGGUCAUUUCUGCUAAUUAGGCAUUCUCUGAUGUUCAAAAGGGUUUGUGAUUUUUUAGGUUUUUUUUGAGAGAAGUUAGGAUUAUGAGUCAAAAGUAAAUUAUGUUUGUAAUCUGUUUUUUCUAAUUCAGUGUCUAUUUAUUUGUGUUUAGGGUUUAUUGCUUGAAAUUUUGGCCUUGUAUUUGUUAUGAAGGAUGGAAUCUUCUUUACAAGAAAAAUGUAAAAAAUAAAUAAAUUUGCUUGCCUUAGAAUUGAA